UUACAUGGUAGAAAAUCGUCAUGAUGUUAUGCCGUGCGGACACGCAGUAGCCCAGCCAACACUGCAACAGGCAUACCCGAACUGAAGGUUUGCUGCUGUCACUUCGCUUCUUUGCUCUGCUUGGCUGCAUCCCAAGCCGCUAGCAGCGGCGACACAAGAUCGGCUGGACAUUUGCGGGCCAAACUGGUUGCUUGCCUUGCAAGAUCAGUAGUGAUGUGCUUCUAAUCUGAGAAGGAGUUCGCUAGCUCUGUUCAGCAGAUACACUUGCGGAGGACCCUGGCAAAACCCUCACCAGCGUGCGUCGUUGCCAAAUAGGUCCUGACUGUUGCUUGCAUUCUGGAGAGCAACUAGCGCAUCUCCUCUCCUCCUUCUCGCCUGUAAUGGCGACGAUAGGCCUGCAACCUAAGUCCAGAUCGCUGAGCACGUCGACUGCGCAGUCGGACAGUGCUUCACUACUUGACGGGAUCAAUCGGACACUCCCUGGAUUGGACCGCUUCCUCAAAGUUGACCUUCAAUCCCAGUCUCUAAGCUCAGAUGCUCAAACGGAGUUGGAGCGACUGACCUCGUUACUAUCCGAUUUGGAGAAGACAGCAGGUCGCGAAGGCGAUCCACAUGCAUCUCAAAACGGCUUAGAUGGAUUCUCCAAUGGAGAUCUUGUCUCGUCGGGGCGCAGUGACACGGCGUUCAGUGGCUUCCUCGCCCAGGCCAUCAUCAAGAGCCUGGGGUUUGUGUCGUGGAAGCGGCGAUGGGCCGUGUUGAACCACGACGACACCGUGCUGCGUCUGUUCCGCACUCGCGCCGAGACCAAGCCCGUCACCGAGUACGACAUCCGCGGCUGUCACGUGUGCGUGGCCGAGCCGCACGAGUGCGGCGAGAAGGCACUGACGCUGAAGAUUACGAACCCGGACUCGGACCAGCCACUGUUCUUUUGCACCUACGUGGACAGUGAGUAUCAGAAGUGCAUGCGCGCUCUGGCCGCCGCCACUGGGGUAGCUCACCGCGAGGAGGACUUUGCCAUCCAGACCACGUCUUCCUCAAUGUCCAAAGCCAUCAACAUGGUGUCCGUCGGACGCGAAACCCCCGACCUGGGCAGUUCGGUCAAGUCGAGCGGUUCCACUUUCCUCGAUGGCAACGAGGGAAUAAUGGACCAAACGUAUGAUGUGCCGAGACCCCAGGCGUUGAGUUCAAGCCGCGAGCAACUCGAUUCGAUCGACUCCAACAACGAUAAGCGUCAAACAAAGUAUUCGGUCAGUGCCGAAGGGGAUUAUUCUGAAAUCCACGUUGACAAUCCUGACAGCCAGCCUAUGGAAAAGCCAAUCGCCCCGGCCAGGAAACGUGUGACGCGCGAUCCAACGGAAGCCGUGCCAGACCUGCCACCUCGGUCAUACGGUGGGCAAGCAUCCUCAGUUCUGGAUAACAAAGCAGAAGAGAGCAACUACGAGUCGUUGCCGUUCGAAGAAGGCGAUGGCGGCUCAAACAGCGACAGCAGUGACGCCUCCGGAAUCUACGAGGACCUGGAGGUGAAGGGGGACAGCGAUGCCGGCUAUCGCUCUACGGACUCCGCCACCGGCACGUCCAUCUUGGGAUGGUUCCGACGCAGCACGGCCGAGCGCAACAGCAGCCGCGCUGCGGAGAAGACUCGCAAGCAUCGACGCAGCGUGGCUGCACAGCAGCUGACCGACUGCGAUCAGGACGGCUACUUGUUCAAGCGCAGCUCGACGGGCCUCACAUGGAAGCGCCGCUGGUGCGUCUUGAAAGAACGUGCUUUCUACUAUUACCGAUCACGUGAUGACGGUCGUGCACAGAACACCAUAAUACUACCAAGCUGGCAAAUCUCACCAGCCAGCGAGGAGGUGAAACGUCCUUACACGUUCAAACUCAGUCACGAGGGCAUGCCGGCAUACUUCUUUGCAGCCGAGACGGAGAAUGAAUACAACACCUGGAUGGAGGUUGUGAAGCAGUCACUCAGAGUCGUCCCCGGCCUUCCAGCUCCGACGGGUGACUACGACGUGCCGCCUAAACGUGAGCCGAGCGAGUCCUAUGUUCUCCUCAAAGCCGUUCAGAACUUGGGAAAUAGCGCAGAGGAUGAUGAGGCUGAAGCCAUGGAGACCUAUCAGGUCCCACGCAGCCACGGAGCAAGCCAGUCAACAUCGGCUGCCAACAACCAUCUUGGCGCCGAUGAGGACAUUGAUGUUGAGGAGAAUGUCUACAACGUCCCCAGGCCGUCGUCCACUGACCUUCCACCACCGUUACCAAGUGGACCGCGACCUCCACCAAAGACCAAGAAGGGAGGCAGCAGCAGUAGCAGCGGUGGCGGCGGCGGUGGUGGCGGCGGUGGUGGUGGUGGUGGUCACCCGAUGAGCGACGAAGCAGCAGGCGGUGACAAUUCAGCACAGUACAACAAGGUGCCUCUGCCCAACGCAGUGAUUGAUAGCGCACAGCGUGAGGGGCAGCCUGGUACACGCUACGGCUCUUCCACUAACAACAACGAGGUGGAUACAAGUGGCACGUUUGAACGCGGCGGUGUGUACAAUUCCCUAUCGAAGAAGGCACGCAAGCUGGUCGGUCGCAGCAAGAGCACAUCAUCAGCAUCUCGUGUGGUCGUGCACACGGCUGAUCGCACCAUGCAAGGCUGCCUCAACGUGCGUGGCUCCUACCGAUGGGGAAAGCACUUCUGCGAGCUGCGCCAGCAACGCUUCUACGUGUACAAGGGCAUGGUGAAAGACGAGAAGACCAUAGUGCACGAGCUACGUAUUCUGGGUAUGAAAGUGGAGCAGGCGGAGAAGGAGACGAAGAGAAAGAACUCGUUCUGCUUGGUGAAGAAGCGCGGCGGCCAUCAGGCGCGUGCAGUUUAUUUUUACUGCGAGAACGAAGAAGACUACAAGCAAUGGUUCAUGGGACUGGCCGAAGCCACCAUGAUCAAGAUUCAAGCAGUCGACGACGUCAACACAAUUCACAAAGGUGGCAAGGCAGCUCCCAGCACCGUGGGUCUGGAUGAAGCACGCCGCAGGCUGACCAAUCCAGGUGAUACUGCAGUGGACGGCGCUGGUCUCGCUGGUGCUUCUGGUGUGGAGUCUCCAGAAAACCCUGGCCUUAGGAGAAGUGACUAUGAGUCUGGAGUGACGCUCAAGUCCAGCCUGCCCAACUGGCUGCAGGAAGAGGUUAAGAAGAGAGAGACGGACGAGCCGAAGAGCAGCAGCGGCGGUGGCGGCGGUGGUGGUGGUGGUGGCAGCGAUUACCCGCUCUUCCAGGGCUAUCUGCAGAAGCGCAGCGGUCCGUCCAUGUGGCAUCCGCGCUACUGCAUCAUCGAGAACGGCACCAUGGCAUGCUACGCGCAGAAAGGCAGCCAGUUACCCACUCAGGUGCAGCCACUGGCUAACUGCUCGGUCACGUCCUCCAGCAAAGAUCGCAUGAAGAAUGUUUUCAAGGUCGUCCCGCCAUCGCCGUUCCCGGCACUCUACUUCUCCGCGGACAACCAGCGCGACAUGUUUGAGUGGGUGUCCUACAUCAAGAUAGCGGCCAGUGCGUCCGACUCGCGCUCCGAAGGACAGUCCGCGCGAGCGAGCGUGGCUGUUGGCCAGUCGUUCAGGACAUCAUCGCGGCGGAGCAGCAGAGGGCGAGACCGUACUCUCAGCACCGGAGAUGCCCCGCGACGGGGGCUGUUCAGUCGCAUCCGCUCGUGGAGCGUGGAGAACCUGUCGUUUGGCCGCCGUCGCUCCGGCUCAGGGUAUGACACGGAUGGCGAGGAAGACACGGACGGCGGGAGCGAUGCCGUGUAUGGCGGCUCUAUGGACCUGCAACGCAACGCCGUUUCCCUGGGCCACGGUCCAUUCCGGCGAUCGCGACGCGGCGUGGGCAAGAAGAAGAUCAACACGAAGUCGGCGCCGACUAGCAGCGGAGAGUUGCGAAUCGAAGAGCCGAGCAGAUCCGGCACGCCCGACUAUAUCGGCCGCUGGUGCGAGGUGAAACAACUGGUGCUGAGUAUUUACGAGCACGAGCAGAAUCGCAAGCCGCUGCAGACGGUCAAGCUGCCCGGCAGCACUGUGAUGGUGCAGCACGGCAACAGCAGUGAGGAUCAGGUUAUACAGCUGACACCGCUUGAUGGCAAGCAAGGUAUACGCAUUCGGGUCCCUGGUUCAGAAGAAGCAUUCCGUAACUGGUUGGAGUGCUUCCGGACAGCUGCGUCGCUGGCAAGUGGCCCCAAGCGCUCCUGGAGGGACAGCUUCCGUCGGAAACGUCCGGCUCCCACCCGUAACCGUGCGCCGUCGCCCGAGGAGGCGGUGAAGCGACGCACGCUGGUCGGGGACCACACGAGUCCACCUGGCGCGUACGCUCUGUACGAGACGGGAUCACCGGAUGUGCUGCCAGGCUAUGCCAGCAGGCUGACAAGUGACCUCAAUGCCAUGACAGCGCAGCACCAAGGUGGCUCGAAACCCAAAGCUCCUCAGCCACCAUCAGCUAAAGGAGCAGGAGCACCGUCCACCAACACACCAGACUCUAGAGCCUUAUCCCUGGCUCCAGCAGGGGACGACGCGGGCAACGGCACGCCGAACAGAGGACCGCGCACAUCAAGCAAGCCCAAGGCGCCAGUGGCACCUAUGCAGCGUUCCAACGCAACCGACGUGCCCACACCGACAACGCCGACAACACAGCCGAACGGCGGUGCUGCUGCCGCCGCUCUUGCCAGUCCACAGCGCAAAAUCCCCAACAUCCCGCAACGCAAGGAGAGCAUUCCGACCUCGCCGCUUCGCACUCCCAGCACCACCUCAGCGGACUCGACGACGAAGAGUGCUCCUCGGUUUGGCCCCGUGAAGGGUAGUAGCCUUACGAGCGGUGCCUCCCCUGUGGUGAAACCCAAGCCCACCGUUGCACCCAAGCCACCAGGCGGUGGUAGCAAUGGCAAUACCAUGGAACGUCGUCAGCUGUCCGCCGCGUCUUCCCAGGCAUCCAGUGCAUCUGCCGAACUGCCCGGACUUCCUGACAACAUGGCCGGAAUCGACAUGAAGGUGUUCACCAAUCUGAAACAGCGUUACGCAGCAAAGGCGGAGGCCAUCACCACCCAGAGCAGUGCCAAGCAGGCCGCGCUGUCCAAGGAGCGUGCCGACAUCAACCGCCAGCAGAGCGAGCUGCAGCAGAAGCUGAACGCGUGCCGAUCACGCAUGAACUCCACCUCGGGCCAGCCGGCCAUGGAGCUACGGCGCCAAGAAGCGGAGCUUCAGAACAAGGCCGGCUACCUUGACGGCCGACAGAGUCGAAUCACCGACCAGAUGAUGAGAAACACAACUGAGCUGAAGAGCGCAGUCGACAGGCUGGAGCGUGAAAGAGACCUUGAAAUCAAGAAGCUCAAAGAAAAGGACGCGUCCGAAUCGGCUAUGUGAUCGGAUUGACUCUGGAGACAGCGAGACAUAUCAGUUGUGUAUUCCUUGAGUGGUUGCUCAUAACAUAUUCCAUUGCACAGGUAGACAGUGCAAUAUGACUCAUUAGUGGAACUGUGCCGUCAGUGAUUGCAUUUCUCAGUUUACUUUUAUUUGUACCAGUUUACUCUGUGCUCUUCGGCUACAUUCAACCUAACUGGUUACUACUUCCAGAGUACCAUUAUAAACUGACUGUACAUGCAAUUUUUGUCCAGAUUAUGAUCUACUCGUGCUGUUACGUCCGUCUUUGUUAACACUUAGCGGCGUGCCAUGCUAUAGACUCUAGCAGCAUGGACUGAUCAUAUGCCGGUUUCCAUGCUAUAACUUCUACCAGUAAUAAUUACAGGACUAAUUUGAAACCAGCGUUAUUUCAAACCUACCCACCUAUGGUUUGUAGAGGUUAGUAUUUUUUGAAACGUUUUUCGGGUUCUAUUCCUUUAUGUAACAUUCCGCCUUAUGAAGGAAUCACACUAGCGAUAUUCUCUGUCAAUCGUAAAUCUACAAUAUCGUGGUCGGGCCCUGGUGCAUGUAUUUCUUUGAUUGUAAUUCAGUACGUAAUUGCCGUAAAGUAUUCUUGGUGCUACCACUUCUUUCUUUUGCCAUUUCCUUCUUUCUCCCCCCUUGGCCUGCUUGGCCUCUCAUGCCUGGGCAUGGGUCUGUUGUGGUGCUAUUUCUUGUACUGUAGUAGUGUGAGGGUGUGAUGAUGUGAUGGUGUGAGGGUGUGUCUGAUUUGGAAUACACUGCGCCAGUCUUA